AUGAAUAACUAUACACUAUUGCUAAUUUUGGUAUUCGUCGGAGCUGAGGAUUGUAAGACACCCUCAAGAUGUUCACUAAUGACCCAAUUUGUUCAGAUUUUAUGCUUAUGGAAUUUCACGAAUUCUGCAUGCGUCCACCAAGCAAUGGUUUUUAUAAGGUCUUAAAUUCGGACGAUCUUCUGCUUCACAACCAGAUUGUUCUUUACUGGAAUUCUUCAUCCACGCGCAACUUUGCUCCGUCAUCACAUCGAGCGACUACGCACUCGCCUUCCGUAUGUCCGGGAGUUACUAUACGACCGGCCGGUCGAUACGUCAGGAGAUUUCUCUCCGAUGGCGCCGUAUGUCAUCUGAAUGAAGUUCUUUUUGGCGCUAUGCCCCUUUUUAUAUUUGGGUUUCAUAUUAUAAAUAAUUUUUUCCGUAGUUGUUUCUGAUACAAUUGUGCAUAACUCUCCAUGAUUGGCUCAGUCAUGAUUGCAGCAACUUUUUCUCCCAGUUAUUUGCCUUGAGUCGAUCGUAUCCUUUUGUAUCAUGGUUCGUUGCUGACCCCGGUACGUCCCCUGUAACAGUCCUGCCUAGCUCUAAUUUCUAAACCCCUUUGUCCGCAUACACAUGAAGAUGCCGCAGCUGCUGGACCACAGAUUUGGGAAUUGAGAAUUUGCUGACAAGAAUAAGUUGAUUCGAAAUUACUCUAAUUUAAUUGACGGGCCACUUCUCCGCAGUGACUAAUAAACACUUUUUUCAGGCAGAUAGAAGGGAUUACAGCCUGACCCACCAAAUCUGUGUCAGCACCAGCGUCAUUUCCUUCGGAUUUUCCAAAAUGCAUUUACAGAAUUACGGGUGUAUGAACUACAUGCGUUUCUUGCUUAAUUUGCAGCGGAUGAGGAUACAUUGGAGGGAGCUCCAAAGCUAGUCUGUCCAGUCCAGUGAUUUGUUGGUUUGUCUGGGAUAUUAUUAGAACUGCACUAUCACAUUCUAACAACGUUAUACUUAAAAACGGCUGGCGAUCAAGACGGCCACUUUAUAACUGGUCGAACCACUUGUUACUUUCUAAUCUAAGGUAUUCAUCCUUUAAACCUCAUAUUCAGGAUGUUACCCUACGAUGGAAUAUUUCAGUCGCGCUUAUAGAAAAUGUUUAGCUAUGCGCCUGCCUAUAUUCCCUUUCCCCACCCUUUACAUGCCAAAGUCUUUGUCUAGAUGUCCAGAUGUAUUUUACUCUGAGAAGCUCAAACGAACCUGAAGCUCGGCCGUUUUGGUGAAGACAUUUGCAUUGAGCAAGCCUCUGGCGUGACUGUUAACACCGUAUGUAUUUGAUCGAGGACUUAGCAUCUGACUGGUUGAUUGUAAACAAAAUGCUAACCUGUGUAGUAGUCUUUGAAUAUCGGUGUUUUCUUGUCCUUUACUGCCAAAAUUCGUGGCUAUGCUGGUUAAUACAAACGUUCUUGAGGCGCAUUCCUUAGAGACUCCUAGAAAAUGUAUACGCUGGCAUCGGGAAAUUUUAUUUCUUUCGGGGAGCACUUAAAUCGCGGAAUUGAUUGUAUAGCUUUUUAGAAACAGCACUUCUCUUUGUCUGAGUACUGCCAAAUUUCAUCCAAACUUCUUUAGCCCCAGUUUGCUUGAGCAGUUCUUGUUCAAGCAUUAUGUGAGAAAACGGCAGCUCAAAAUUGCUAGUGGUUUAUUGAGGCUAGAAUAUGAUAAUUUCACCGGUAAAUGGAACUAAUUUAGACAUUUGACUAGUUGCAAUUUCGUCCACUAAGACUGAAAUCAGUGUAAGGUUGACGGAACAAACCUUGUUGCUUCCUGUCUUCAUGUGUAAAGUUUUAUGUUGCAUGCUGAUUACUUCGGCUGAAUGGCUGCGCAAUGUUCGCAAACGUAGUUGGACAGUAAAUGGUGAGCUGAAUUUACGUAUAAUUAGGUUAGUUGCGGUAUCAACAUGAGCACCAUAUUAAGCUUAUCCGUUGUUAGGUAGAGGGCGUUGACAUAAGUUUCUUCUUGUCUUUUCUUGUGACGUUUCAGAUGAGAAGGCCCGUCAAUAAAUACAAUCCAUAGAACGCGAUGAACUGUCUACCAAUAACUAGUCUUAGCUACUUCCAUCGACUCUGUACAAACUACGAGUGCGAUUUUGGAACGCAAGGAAAACAUACCUAUGCCACACUUGGUCUUUGGUAAUUAAGUUAUUUGUCAUUAACGCCCACAAAAAGCGAUUUCCUAAGCAAUGACAGGUUUUGUUUUUAAGCCAGUACCAAGAUAAUAGAGAGUAAGCUAGAUGACAUAUGUGGCAUCAGAGACAAAGCGACCAGCACGCGUUGAGACUGUUAUUGGUUCAGUUUUAUCUCUCGCAACAAAAAAAGGUUUUCGAUUGCGUGAGUUCACUAUUUCGUACAGCCUAUUUUAACUGUCUUCACUGAGGAAAUCACAGAUUCUCCUUUUGUUUAAGAACACAGUUCUUCAUACUCAAAAAUCGCUCGUGGUAAUUCGGGAAAAUAAAGUUUUGGUUAUUUUGCAGACCCUGUUGGCGUGGCUGCGGGACUUCCAAGCUCGGGUAUCUGGCACGAAAUCAGAAGGUCGGCUGUUUUAUCCCGGUUAAUUGUUAAUCGUGUCCAAUUUUUGUGUUCGCAAGAAAAAUACUCAGUACCUACGAGGAAGCAUUAGUCCUUUUGACGGAGCGCACUUCGCCUUUUUGCUUCCCUUCCAACCCGUACGCUUUCAGCUUCACUGAAUCAGUAUUUUAACUAACUGUAGGAGCAAACCUUUUCGAGUCGUAUAAGUACCUCGGUCUCAUCUCGAGCCAUAAAAGCACGGAAUACUAACGUCUUUCCACACAUCCUGCUACAGACACUUACAUUUUGAACACACAGAACAUGCUUCAGAGCCGUAUUAGGAAGCUGAGCAAAGAAUCGACCGAAGCUCGCCGCUUCUUCCACACCAAAACAGCAGAAUUUCUCAGCUUGCUUUUAUUUUUAUGCAAGUUGAUCCUUCUCUUCAUUAUGUCGGGGACGUUUUGCUUAUAAUAGGCAUAACUGUCAUUUACUGUCUUCACUCUUGUACUGGAGGCUGAUGCCACGUUAUUUCUGCCAACAUACCUGU